AUGGCAGGGAGUGACAGAGUGACACUGUGUGUGUGCCCGUGUCCCCAGCACUGCCUGGCCAAGGCUCUCUACGACAACAAGGCGGAGUGCUCGGACGAGCUGGCGUUCCGCAGAGGGGACAUCGUGACGGUGCUGGAGCAGCACCACCUGUUCACCCUGCCCAGAGCCUGCAGGGCCUCAGCCCCCAACAUCAGGGCUGAGGUGUACGAUGUCCCCUCCUCGCAGCCCCGAGGGUCCCCUCUGCCACAGAGUGGUGCCACUCCCCCCAGCACAAGGAAGGGCUCCGUGCUGGGCAGAUCCACUGAGAGCUUCCAGGCAGAGCAGAAGCAGCUUUACAAGAUCCCAUCCAAGGCAGAAAGAGGAGGAGCUGGCAGCCAGGACUCACCAGCAGGCAGUUUAUAUGAUGUCCCUCCCAAAAGAGAGCUCGAUGACUCAGAAAAUAAAUCUCAGAGGAAGUUCUGGGGCCAUUACAACACCUUGCCAAACCCUCGGAAGUCCGAAUGGAUUUACGAUAUCCCAGUUUCCCCUGAAAAUUCGGGAUUCAAAGCCAGCCCUCCUGGGCAGGCUGGGGAGAAGCGGGUGCUGUAUGACAUUCCCCCAGCCAGGUACAAGGCUCCAGCUGAAGGCAAGGCUGGGAACCCACAGCUGUACGACAUUCCACCGCCGGCACAGCGGAAAUUAACGCUUCCAGAAAUCCCCCUGUACGACGUCCCACCCUCACGGGACGCGCUCCUCCCGCCACACAACGGCAGCUCCGAGCUGCCCCCGAGGCUCCUGGCUGCCAAGGCUGACGGCCAGGUCUCUGAGGAGAACGUUUAUGAUAUUCCCAAAGGUUUGCCCAGUGCUGGGCACUCCAAGAAAGAGGUGGAAAACAACAGUGACCAAGCACACGGUGCUUCUCCACAGCUCUCCGUGGAUGCCAAGUCAGAAAAUGACAGUUUGUGUGUCUCCAGUGUGGACAGCAGAAGCAGCACUCUCUCCUCAUCCUCCAGCUCUUCUGCUGAGUCGUUUUCUAGGCUGUCACCAUCACCAGAGCCUGUCCAAGAGAUCAAACUGGAGCUGGAAGCGGCCAUCGAGACCCUGACCCGGCUGCAGCACGGCGUGUCCAGCUCCGUCGCCAGUUUAAUGAUCUUCGUGAGCAGCAAGUGGAGGUUGCAGGAGCACCUGGAGAAAAGCCUGGAGGAGAUCCACAGAGCAGUGGACCACAUAAAGGUGUCACUGGGAGAGUUCCUGGCCUUUGCUCAAGCCCUGAAGGGAAACGCCUCCAACCUCACAGAUAGCAACCUGCAGGCCAGAAUUAAAAAGCAGCUGGAAAUCCUCAUGAACUCCUACAAAAUAUUGACAGAAACAAGGGAAGCUCUCAACAGCUGCAGCUGGGCCCUGGAGGCUUUGGUGCUCAAGAAGCCCCAGAGCAACCCUGACGACCUGGAUCGCUUCGUUAUGGUGGCCAGGACAAUUCCAGAUGAUAUCAAGAGGUUUGUGUCCAUCAUCAUCGCCAACGGGAAGCUGCUCUUCAGGAGGAACGAGAAGGAGCAAGAAAAGAAGCAACCAAAAGUGAACCCAGAAUGCAAAAUGGCAAAACAGAUCCCAGUGCCAAGAAGAGUAGAAAUUGAGUCACUGCAGAGAAAUGCUCCUGAGAAACCCAGCCAAAGCCAGGUCCCUGUGCAGAAACCAGAGGAGAACUGCAGUGAGGAUUGUGAUUAUGUCCAGUUACAGGUGUUGCCAUGUGCAAAAAAGACUGAAAAUGGCAGCAGGCAGGAGCCUGGCAGGAGAAUGCCCCUCCCCGAGCACUGCAGGCUGUGCUUCGCCGCCCUGCACAAGGCCCUGGGCGUGUUCAGCGCCAGCCUCAGCAGCCAGCAGCCCCCCGAAAUCUUCAUCUCCCACAGCAAGCUCAUCAUCAUGGUGGGCCAGAGGCUGGUGGAUUCCCUGUGCCAGGAGAGCCAGGACAGGGAGGCCCGCAGCGACAUCCUGCACAGCAGCAGCCGCUUCUGCAGCCUGCUCAAGAACCUGGCCCUGGCCACCAAAAACGCCGCCCUGAAAUUCCCCAACGCCGAGGCCAGCAGGGAGCUGAGGGAGCAGGCCGAGCAGCUGGCCCAGUACACACAGCAGUUCAGGGCCAUGAUGGACUGAGGGGCCACUGCUGCUCCUGGGAUACACCCUGAGCUCCACCAGGACUCCCUGGGUGCUGGUGAAGAUCCCCCCACUCAGAAUUGAGUUCCCUGGGUGCUGGUUCAGGUGCAGAUCCCCACCCUGAGCUCCACCAGGGACUCCCUGGGUGCUGG